AUGGUAAGUAGCCGUGGCAACAACCACAAAGAAUGUAGAGCCUUGAUCGGUGAAAUGUAUCAAAUACACAUAAACAUUAUCACUUUUUACACCCAUGAAGUUUUGACGCUUCAUGAAGACGGCACAGUGGACAUAAUUGACAGUACACAAAAUGGUGUUGAUCCAACGGGUAAAGUCGUAUAUCCGCCAUUUACUCACUUGAUUGGAGUAUGGAGAUGUGUUGGGAAAAAUAAAGUUGAGCUUCGCUUUGGUGCUUAUAAUCUUAAGGUACCUGAUAGUAAGGCUCCAGGUUCACUCGGUAUUAAUUUUAUGGGGUUGACUUUUACGGAUGAUGGUGAAAAGUUGACGGGAACAACCAAAUACUCAAACUAUGAGCUCGGUAUUAAUCCAACUAAACCCGGUGCGAAACCGCUUCCUGGAGAAACCUACGGGCCAUACACAAUCAGUGGUGAUCGAUUGGAUUUCUAUAAACAAUAG